AUGUAUGGAGCAGACAUCAACACCCUUAGUGUGUAUGUCAGGACUGGUUCUCAUGACACCCUUCUGUGGUCAAAGACAGGUACUCGUGGGGACAAGUGGCUUCAAGCACUGGUCACAGUCAAUAGCAGGACUCAUUUUAGGGUAGGUCUAGAUUUGUUAAUAAACCCACAUACUGAAUACUAGAAAGGAUUGUAAACAUCUGUAGGUCAUCAGUAUGUCCACAUAAACCUGCUCUAGUUGUAAUGCGGUCACCAGUUCUAUGAAAGGUUAGCUUGAUUCUUAUCAGACUGUAAGGUUUCAUUGUCCCAUGCUUGCAGGGAGCUGAAAUUCCUCCCCGUUGUCUUCACGUGUUAUUAUUGUACAAGUAAACAAAGAAAACGAAAAUGUUAUCCUCUGUCAUAAGUGUCAGCAUCAAGUAUAAAAAUUAACAUUUAUCAUCUAACUGCAUUGCAGAUAGUGAUGGUCGGGUCAGUUGGAAAGAGUUACCAAGGAGACAUUGCAUUGGAUGACAUCUCUAUGUCAUCAGGACCCUGUAAAGUGGCAUCAAGUAUGUAUUAUAAGUUUGAUAACCGUGUCAUAAAUAUCAGAAUGCUUGUUUUACACCAGUUAUGAUAUAAAUUUAAACCACCCUAUAAUGGAAAUUAGUAGUUCACUUUUCUUGGCAAAAUUCUGUUGGCUAAAUCUCAUUACUUCUAACCAAGGAGAAAUAAUUGUUUAUUUUGGAGAAAAGUGUCGACGUUUUAGGUAUGUAUAAAAUUAAGAACUGACGUAACCAUUCUCAAAAAGGCAUGUUUGCAUUGAAAGUAUUUUUGUUAAAGCACUUGCUGCUACCACUAUUCAGUCCUCAGACACCUUUUUUUAUUACACUAUCGGCCAUGGUGGGGGAAAUCAAGUCUUUGUACCAUGGGUAUAAGGAUUAAGGUAGUUUGGUUAUUGACUGAGAGAAGUAGUAUUUGUAGAAGAAGUAGAAGUUGACCGAUAGCUGUGUUCCAGCUAGGUUUGUGGAAGUUUUCUUGGUUUUGUCUAUGAAUUAUUUGGGAACACUGCCAGAUUCUGGGGUAGUGUUUGUGGGCUAAAAUCACGGCUACCAAGUGGAGGGCACUCCUGCUCCUACUAAAGACUACCCUAAACCCCACUGUGCGACCAGAAAGUGACCACAUAGUUACUGGCAAGUUAAAGUUGACGUCACAUUCCAUGAAAAGACAGCAGCUGCAACUUGCCAUCGUGUCUGUAUCUGUAUUUUCUACAUAAAGCUAAUGCCGUUUGGUCUCUGUAACACUCCAAGUACAUUUCAGAGGCUUAUGACAUUUCUCCAACUAACCUGCACUGACAAAUGUGUCUACCUGGGCAACUCUCAAUUUUUUGUUUUGAGGGACACCUGGAGUGGCUGCUCUAGAUCUUUCAUUCAUGGCUCAAGCUGAAUCCCUCGACGUGCGGAGCAAAGAGACUAAGAGAUCUCUACCCUGUGUACUUUCUGUCCUCAUGGUCAACCCAUAAAUCUCAGUGUUCUUAAACUUCGACAGAACAUGUCUUACCCAAAGAUGUCUUUUAUUUGUUUCAGCAACCUGCACAUUUGAAGAAAGCCACAUGUGCGGUUAUACACAAGAUACCUCUGAUGACUUUAACUGGGAUCGUGGCAGUGGGGCAACUAUUACUCCAAACACUGGCCCCAAUGCAGAUCAUACAUUGGGAUCAUCAUCAGGUAUCAAUACUAGGUUUAUUAAAAUAUUUUGAAUCCCAUUCAUGUUUGUCUGAGCCCCAUAAACUUCGUUUGUAGACAUUCGGAUGUCUUUCAUCAAUACAAAUGAUGUUAUUGAUUAUUAAUGCCUUAAAGGGACUUAGGCUCAGUUCAAACGUCGAACUUUUCGUGUACUGAACCUAAUUGCUUGAAUGAAGUACAUGAAGAGAUUGAAUCAAUUAAGUCCUCUAUGUCUAAUUUGGGUCGACCCAUGAAUUAUAGAUCGAGUGGCUCACAUAAGAAUUUCGACUGUGAAGCGACUUCGUUGCAAACGUACAACUUCUCAUGUGCCUAGCCUAAUGCAUAAAUUGCUAAAUUUUGUUAUCACUUGUAAGCAUUUUAAGCCAUUGAACAUCGUGAAAGUAAAUUGAGUCCAACUAAUUAAGUUUGAUGUCUGAGUCAGCUGUCGAACUUGUGUCAUUUGGGUCGACCUAAAUUGGUUUUAAGUUCAGUACAUGAAAGAUUGACGUUUGAACUGGGCCUUAAUUUCUUAGUUAAAGUAACAGACACGUUUUACACCCCAUGAUCUGAUCACCUGUUUACGACCUUGUGAUGUUCAUUCUUCAGUGGAAUAUUAAAUUUUAAUGAAUUUUCAUGAGACCUGCUGAUGGUGUUGUGUAUUUAGUCUGACAUUGCCUGCCAACUAACUAUUGUACUUCUUUACAUCUUUAUGAAAGCUUCCAAUAAAAAAGCCAGUUAAGCAUGAUAACUGUUCGUCCACAACAACCCCAAGCUCCUAUUUUGAUUUUGUACUUUUAGGUUUUUACAUGUACAUUGAUAGCACGUCAAGGAAACAAGGAGACAAAGCAAGAUUACUUGGCCCGCAAAUGCCCAAGACCCCCGCCCAAUGUCUCCAAUUCUGGUACCAUAUGUAUGGAUCAUCAGUGGGUUCUUUGUCAGUGUACAAGAAAACUGGAAAACCCACUGGUCCUCGCAUUUGGACGCUCUCUGGAGACCAAGGAGAUGAAUGGCUUGUUGCUCAAGUAUCUGUGUGGAGCCCUAUUAGACCUUUCCGGAUUUCAUUCGAGGGGACUGUUGGUCGUGCAGAUAAAGGGGAUAUUGCCAUCGAUGAUAUCAGAAUAGUCAAUGGGAAGUGUGCCUACCCAGGUAAUUGCCAAUUUUGGUUUUACAGCACUUGCAUUUGAAUGUACUAAAUCCCACUUGGUCCUUUGUCCUUUUUUAAACGCUUGUGUCUUGUUAUUUGUGUGGAAAACAUACGUAGCCAGAUAAAUUCUACACUGUGAUUUCCUUUAAACAAAUCAACAAAUAGCAUCAUUUUCUCUGCAUGUGCCCUUUUUUAAAAACAUGACGCAAGUCUUCUAGCCCCUAGGGUAUUAAUUUUCUUUUGACUGCAAAGGAUUGGCUUGGCAGUUACAGGCAAAGUAUAAACUAUACAGAUGAUUCAGUGACUAUUACAACUGUAGGUAAUCUUGCCAAGAAUCAACACGCAGAUGCUAUAAUUACGAGUGGAACUACCAUAAGGGACUGUUGAUUAAAAAAAAUAAAGAAAAAGGCAGGUACUUCGGUAGUUCGAAAUAGUCAUCAUCGGACUAAAAAACCUGAUGACCAUGGUGAGCUACUUAAAGCUAAAUAGGUAGUCUAAGCGAGGAUUUGAGCUUACACCUGGGAAUUGAACUCAGAAGAGAAGGGACUUAAGGGUGCACACUAACCAUUCAUUUAAUUUAAUUUAAUUUCAAAACUUAUAAAGCGCAAAUAUGUGCCAUCCUUGCUCCAGCAGGCGAUGCAAAGAAAAUGAAGAAGUGGAAGAUUUUUUUUCAAAAAAUUAACAGUGAAUGUUUCCUUGUUUAAGGGAAUUGUGACUUUGAAAGGGGAACCUGUACUUGGCGCAACACUCGGAAGGAGGACGACUUUGACUGGUUAGAGGGCAAAGGCAAUACACUGUCGGCAACGACAGGGCCUUCCACCGAUCACACUACUAACACAGCCAAUGGAACUUACAUGUUUAUCGAAGCUUCAUCUCCAAGACGACCUAAUGAGAAGGCAAGGUUUAUAAGUCAACAGUUCACUCCUGUUCCGUUAAGAGGUAAAUGUUUGCAGUUUUGGUAUCACAUGUUUGGUUCAGACAUUGGCACUCUCAAUGUUAUCCAAAAGACUGGGCCAGGAAACAAGUCUGAAACUCUUCUUUGGAGUUUGAGUGGUCAGCAGGGCACCAAUUGGUUACUUGGAAAAGUCUCCCUCAGCAAGAUUCCAAGUAAGAAUUUCUGGAUUGUGUUUGAAGGAGUCCGUGGCAAUAGUUACAAAGGCGAUAUUGCCAUUGAUGAUGUCCUUUUGACAAAUGGAGAUUGCGCAAUAAGUCCUUCUAAAGCAGAUCCAAACAAGCCAACAGCCACCACACCAGUAGUGACAACAAAGUUCACCCUUCCACCUACUCUACCUCCCUCGCUUUAUAAUUGUGACUUUGAGCAGGGUUUUUGCAACUAUACUCAGGAGCUUAUUACUGAUGUUUUCAACUGGACACGCCAUCAAGGAGGAACAUAUUCUGGUGGAACUGGACCUGUCAUGGAUCACACUAAGCAACAAGGAGUAGUAGUAGGGCCUAAUGGACCAGGCUCCCUCCAGGACCUACUGACUGGACGAUGUGUUCACGUGUACUUAGGUGGCCGCACCAAACCCCAGCCAGGCCACUCUGUUGUGUACUAUAGAGGCUGUGGUGAGGCUAGGUUGGAGUUUCAACUGACUUCAGAUGGCUACAUGAAAUUCACUAAGUUCAACAUGUGUUGGAGCCGUAGGGGAGGGCCAGGAUCUAAUGCAGAUGAUGUUGUGUUAAUUGACAGUUGCAGUGACAAGUGGAGGUUUACAUCAGCAAAAUCAAUUCAGCAUGUUGCAACGAAGAAGUGUGUUGUGGCAAAUAAGGGAAGUGCUACAGAUAACGUAAAACUUGUUUUGUCUUCAACUUGUGACCAGAAUAACCAAAAAUUCAGAUGGCAGCCAAGUAAGUACAACGAAUUAUAGUGUGUAAGGUUUACACAAAAUCUGUUUGCCUCAAUGGACAAAAUCAUAUCACCAGUGGGAUUAUUUCACUUGCUUAAACAGGGUGCAAAGAAAGUCAGUUUUACAGCCUGCCAUUCGGACAAGUGUAGCUAGCAUGUACUGGCGGACCACAAGUCAUUUCAACUAGCCCCCAAACCCUUUUUGAUUAGCAGGAUUGAUUGCAAUCUUUCUGUAAUUUGAAUUUCCCCAAAAAACAGCACUUGCCGUCGGGCAAGUUUAGAACAAAAAUCACUAGCCCAAUAGCAAAAUCCACUAGCCCUGGGCUAUUGGACACGACUUUCUUUGCACACUGUUACAUCUCUUAGCUUGUGUAACAACUGGGCUUAUGUUUAGGAGCGCUGACCUUUUAAGUUCAUUUUCCAUCUCACCCGUUUUCUCGCGUGCUUAAGCCUGGUGUUCAUUUGUGGGUAAAAAUCAAGUUUCUUUAUUGCUAAACCUUCCCAGAUUCUUUUGUCUAAGGAAAACACUUAAUCCUAGUCAUCCUUGAUCGUCUUUGAUUAUCAGUAUUAGUGAGAUAUCAUUAUUUUCUUGAUCUGCCCUUGAUUUGAUAGUCAGCAGUCAUUCCCAGAGCUUAUGAAAAUUGAGUGUUGGCGACUGAUUUAGCUUGGAACUCAUUCUCUUAUUGCUUGACUUCAUUCUCCAACCUGACAAAUCAAAACGGUACCUGGAAUAGACCUACCACGUUUCCUGAUCUAUGGGCAAAAUAUCCGAAAAUAUCAACUCCAACCUUUUGAUAUUCAGAGCUGGAAUACUAUUGAAUGAGGGAUUUUAGGUUUUUGUUAUUUCAAUUUUUUUUCCAGUGUAAGUUUGCGUCUGAAAGACUUACGUUUUAUUUUAUUUCAGCUCGUGGGUGGUAUAUAUACAUUGAAGCAUCCUGGCCAAGGAAACCCAAUGACACUGCAAGGAUUCAUUCACCAGCAAUAACGACCAAUCCUUCGAAGGUUAGAUGCCUGUCCUUUUGGUACCACAUGUAUGGACCACACAUAGCACAACUCAAUGUCUACACCAAGGUAGGAAAGAAGUUUAAUGGACCUCUUUGGUCAAGAUCAGGCACUCAUGGUAACAAAUGGUGGCAUGGUUUGUUGCCAAUAUCCAACCAGAAUGCAUACCAAGUUGUGUUUGAAGGUGUCCGUGGUUCAAGCUAUCAAGGAGAUAUUGCUCUCGAUGACAUUGAAGUCCAAGACAAUGCAUGUCAGGCUACAAGUGAUUGUGACUUUGAGAAUCCAGUACCACAGCUGCAAUUCUGUGGCUGGAAGCAGAGGCCUGGAGAUAAUUUUGAUUGGAGUCGUGGACAGGGUGGAACCCCAUCAAUCAACACAGGACCAGCUACUGAUCACACCCUUGGCAAUAAAAGAGGUAUUGAUAUACAUCUGACUGUACAGAACGUGUCAAAGUUUUAAGUGAAGUUUUGGUCCAAAAGCAAUUCUGGAUUUACUACCAUGGACGGAGGCAAACAAAAAAGAGUCAAUUCGGUUUUCUUAAGCUAAUUCUGCUAUUGUUUACACCCCUUUGCUAGUAACCUUUUUUAUGCUAAGGUAUCGCUGCAUUGGGCAGCUAAGCCUUGUUCCCCUCCUGUACUAUUCCUGUUAAAACUCUGUUUAACUAAAACAAAACAAGCCUCGGGGCUCUUCGAAAGUCCUGUCCGGUCAUCCUAGUCAGGUAUAUUUCUUCUGGCGAGUAACGUUUCAACCUCACUUGUCCUAUUGGAAAGAGUUAAGGUAACAAAAUUGGUAGCUAAGGCAAGGAAGUAACGGGCCUCGGUAAGCAAAGUGUGACAGGAAAAGCUAGAAUUCAAGUUUUUUUCAAGCCCUGAUGCCUUAAUCAUUGUGUUUGCUAUUCUGUCGUCUUAGGACACUUCCUCUUUAUUGAGGCUACACGUGCUGUAACUAACUGGAAAGCAUGGCUUAUGGGACCAAAUAUUUCACCACAGGCUGGAAAGUGUUUCCAGUUUUGGUACCACAUGUAUGGUAGUAGCAUUGGUCAACUGAAUGUUUACCUCAUGACAACCAAUACUGUUCCAAGAAAUCCCGUUUGGUCCAGGCAAAAAGAUCAGGGAAACUUUUGGUACAUUGCUCAGAUAUCGUUAACGCAGUCCAGUUAUGUGAAUGUAAGUUCGACUACAUGUAUGUUCUACUUUUCAUAAGUACAUUAGAACUUCGAUAACUCGAACUCGGAUAACUCAAACUCCCUGCUAACUCGAAGUAAGCCCCAUUUCCCUUGGAUUUCACCCCACUUUUUAGUCAAUUUUACUCGGUUGACUCGAACUGGGACAAAAUUUCCUUUCCCUUGAUCAAAAGUUCACCGAAAUUUACCCCGAUUACUCGAAUUCUGGUUCUUGUAACUCGGAUGACAUUCCAUUAGCACUUCUUGUUGUAUAAUCUGUAAAAACACUAACUUUCUUGGUGCAACGAACAGAUCACGUUUUAUCAUGAAAAUGAAUAAUCAUGUUGCCAUUUCGGAUGAAAUGUUUUGUUAAAUAUGCACUGUACUAUAAAUAAUGAAGUGCUGAAGUCAGUAAGUAUCUAUCAGUAAUGUGGCAAAUUGAAUAUUGAAUCCCUGGAAACUUGUACUCUUUUUCGUUUCCCUUUAGAGUUCGAGUUACCGGUGAGGGUUCUGUGUGACUGAGGGUUCUGUACCAGUAGCAUUUUGUUUUAACUAUCUUUUGUCAACGUGAAAUUCUCGCCAUGGUGGACUUUGAUGUAACGGAAUUUCGUUUCUGACUGCACGUCAUGUCUAGACUACCGACAUCUUCUCGAACUUUUGUUUCAAUUACCGACCGUUUGUUGCCAUUUUUGCAAUUCUUCUUUUCGAACUUUUAGGCGAAUUGUCGCGAGUUCAGGACUAAUUUCACGUCCAUUACUUUAGAACACUAUUGUACCUUUGGAAUUAAAAUUUUCGAUUUAUACGAACCAAAAGACGCAAAAUUUCAUUUUUUGUAAGCAAAUUACAUUUUGAUUUUUACAAGUAAAAUUUCUCCUAAAAGUUGCUUCCUUUGUUGUGUAGGUGUUGUUUGAAGGUGUGCGUGGAACAAGUUAUACAGGAGACAUAGCUAUUGAUGAUUUCAAACUAAUGGAUGGAGCAUGUAACAAGCCGGGGUACUGUGACUUUGAGAAGGAUGACUGGUGUACAUGGACCAAUGCUGACAGAGAGGACACUUUUGAUUGGAUAGUUGGUAGUGGGUCAACAGCUUCAUCGUACACUGGUCCAACUACUGACCAUACAACAGGUUUGUCUUUCAUGAAAGUGACCACCAUAUUCACAGUAGAGUGAACAAGCGAAGCGGUUGUCAGAGUACCCUGAAAAAAAUUCACUCAGGCUGUAGCGGGAAUUGAGCCCUAACCUUUGCGAUAGAGAGCUUUAGAUUCUAAGACGGGUACGACGACGAGUACGAGAUUUUCUCAAUACUAAGUAGUGCGCACGCAUGAACCAGCGUCAUUUUGGCGGGAAAAUGUGGCAGCCGUCGUCAUUCUACUACGAGUUUUAACGAGAAUGUCGUGCUGGCGAAAACACAAAUUUAAUGUUAGAAGUUUUAUCAUUUUGCGAUCGGGAAGGCUCGUAACCUCCUUCACGUAAGAUAACACUGUUAACUUUUCUAGUGAAAUAUGGUAAACUAAAGCUUUCUGGGAAGUCUAUAUUUUGAGAAUAGGCGAAAAAAUUUUCAGUCAAAUCUCGUACUCGUGGUCCUCCUCGUCCACCAAUCCAAAGGUCUUUAAUGAUCAGACACAACGCACUAUCCGUUGAGCUAAUCAAGUCAGCUGGAGAGGAGGCCAUUGUGAGUUCUCAAUAUACCAUUUUUUUCCCUAAAGUUGAGAAUAAAUGGGUUAUUAUUCUUUUUAAUGCAGCCGUCAAGUUGUUAAUCACAUUUUCUGGCAAUGUUGUUUGAUCAUGUGUUUUAAAACCAGUGAUCUCGCAAACCGAUGUUUUCUUCUGUUUUCGAUAAUGAAGUGGUUGAUAUGCAGAAUCGUUUUUUUUUUUAAUUCUGUUCUUGGCCCUGUGAAAUGUUUCAUGGAAUUGUGUUGUUAUAGUUAUAACAACACAAAGUAGAAACAGAUGUGCUUUUUGUCUGCUAACAAACUAUAUUUAUUGGAGUGGGCAUCUAAAACAGUUUAUGUCCUGGUCUUGUUUGAAAAAUCUCAUUAUUCAGGGUCGGCCAGGGUUUUUGGGUAUACGGUAUACAGGGGCUUUUUAAAUCGGGUAUACGGUAUAUUGCAGCUUAAAUACGGGUAUUUGGUAUAUCACUUUCUUUGAAUUUCAGGUAUAAAGUAUACCUGAGUUAAUUUUGGGUAUAUUUGGAUGAAUUUUGGGUAUUUUUGGGUAUUUUGGCGAAUUUUUUUCGGGUAUACUGGUAUACCACUACACCCCUGGCCGACCCUGAUUAUUACGGCUUAGUUGAGUAUCAUCAGCUUAGUUUUUUGGCCAUCUGGUUUUGCUAGAUAAAAAAGAAUGUACCUAACAAUUACCAUACACCAACGGGUCAGCCUAGUUGAUAAUCAUACUUGGCUAUCGAGUCUUCCUUUGUCAAAAAAGGCGUUUCCAUUAGAACCAACUGAAAGCCCAGCUCAUCAUUGUCUUGCUACCUGCUUUUUGUUUGAAAAGUUGAGUAAGGGACAAGCUGUUAGGAGUGCAUUUAAAUAGCCAUGUUCCGCCUUUUUACAUUCAUAAGAUUCUGAGAUGCAAAUCUAAUCUUUCUUUGGUACCUGGCUCCUAAAGGAAGACAUCUUCCUGCAAUCGAAGUGAACUUUAAGAAAUUGCAAAAUUGACCUUCUUGUUAGUACGACUAAUAUUAAUAUAAAGAUCUGACACUGAGAUUAUAAUUUAUAUAUUGCUGUUUGUGUGCAGUGUCACUUACAAUUGUCAACGCGUUCUCAUUUACAGGACUCGGAAUUGGCAAAUAUAUGUUCAUAGAGGCCUCUUCUCCAAGAAGACCGGGCGAUAAAGCAAGACUGUACAGUGAACGGUUCUUAGCAACUGAUCCAAGAGGACAGUGUAUUAAGUUUUGGUAUCACAUGAAUGGAAAUGCUAUAGGCACUGUCAAUGUUCUUGUGAAAACUGGAGCAGGAAAUCGUUCUGAGAAUAUUGUGUGGACACUGUCUGGUAGCCAGCAAAAUAAAUGGAAUUUUGGACAAACAUCUGUUUCAAGUACCAAAAGUUCAUACCAGGUAAGAGCGCUUUGAAACAGAGGCUUGGACGUGUGUAAGACCAACAUGUUUGGGCCAGCAACGUUGGGAGUUGUUGCGUCCGUGUUGUAAGUGGUGUGCAAACGGAUGCAACAACUCAACCUACAAAGCAUCGCGGCAAGAUUAGGACCCAUAUGCAGGAUUUUCAUUAAGCCCAUCACCUCGUAUCCAACACCUCUCUGAAUAUUAACUAACUCCCAUCAGAGGCCUCACUCAAAAUCACCCUGGAUAUUGUUAAGUUAUGGGAACGAGGCGACUCCGGAGAUGAGAGGAAGCAAGAAGACUAAAAAAGCAGGCGGGAAGGUCAUCGCUAGUGAGGGGGGGAGGGGGUGGGGAGGGUCGCCGAUAAGUGAGUCCUUCAGCGAUGCAUGAAAAGACAGUGUACGCGUGAACUGAGAAGCUCAAGGUCAGCGGCUUAACACCUGACCACCUGGGCCCCUAGAAUAGAAAAUUAUGGUGAUUGUUAGCACGGGCCCCGGUGAGAAAAGUAAUUGAAUUUGCUGCUAUUUUUUGGCUUAAGGGAAACCUUUUCUUCUCGUAGAUCGUUUUUGAAGGCAUAAGAGGAAAUGGAUAUCAAGGAGAUAUAGCUAUUGAUGAUAUCACAUAUACCGUCGGUUCAUGCGUAACUCUUCCACACAACGCUGUGCCCACCCUUCCACCCACCACACCAGCACCAACGACUGCCCCUACAUUACCCCCCAAGGGAUCAUUUGAUUGCAACUUUGAAAAGAACUUAUGUUCAUGGACUCAAGAUUCAAGUGAUAAAUUCAACUGGACCAGGCAUAGAGGUUCCACUGGGUCUAGCGGCACUGGUCCGACAGUAGAUCACACACUUGGAACAGGUACAGUCCAAAAAAACAACUUUCCUUGCUAACACUUCUCAUACAUAAUUAUGUGACUUUUUCGAUUUUUCCCUUUUUUCGUGCCCUGCGACGCGACCGACUUCGUAAACGCAAGAAGCCAUGCAAGAGAGAAACCUCUGCUCGCAAUGACGUUUUCGCGAACUACCUAAAAAACUCCCGUGAGUUAACAUCACUUGAAAAUGUCUCUCGUCUAAGUGUUAUCCACAGUGGUGUAAAACCUAGCCAUUGCCAGGCUCUUGGUCGUUGGCCAUUAGCGGAGGUUCGACUGUAGUUCUUAAACCGGCCAUGCGUCGUCUUUGGCCAAAGGGUAUGUGUCUGUUCAGUAUUUGGGGAGUUUCUGAUAACAUGAAGUCGGCAAUUUUUUGUGUUAAGAUUAAGGUGGGGGAAGUUAAGAAAAAUGCAUGAUCUGUGAAUGUAAAAUUUAGCUUUUUAUGCAAUAAUGUGUAACACAAUAGUUUUUCUUUCCUUACAGCAAAUGGUACCUAUGCCUAUAUUGAAACAUCGUUUCCUAGAAAUCACAACGACACUGCUCGACUCAUCAGUGCUUUAAUCCCAAAAAACUCAAGACCUGGAACGUGCAUUUCAUUUUGGUAUCACAUGUAUGGUCCUGAUAUUAAUACACUUAGUGUGUAUACAAAGUCAGGAGGCUCACUCGGCUCACCAAUUUGGAAACGAACUGGAAGUCAGGGAAAUAAAUGGAAGUACGCACAGGUGUUUGUGAGGUCGCUCCUUGAUUACCAGGUUGGUUUCGCACAAAGAUUUUGUCAAUUUUGUAGUCCCUCUUCUUUCUUCUUUUUGAGAAAUUUUAAAAGGGACCUUAUGAAGCUAAGGCCCCAUCCGCCCACACAAAUUCGGAGAUUUUUCGUGGCUCGUACAAUCUUGAAAAGGUCUUGAGUUUUAGUGGCCUUCUUGAAAAGUCCUUGAAUUAGGUUAAGGUCAUUUGGAAGUACUUGAUUUCAUUAGUAGGUCGUGAAAUAACUACUUUGUUUACGCCACAAGAUUUUCUGUGAAAUUAGAUUACUUUCCCGAGGAAAAUUUGGCUCAUCAUCGGUGUUAGAACCUGUAAAACUCACUGGUAACGUUAAACAUUUUUGUGCAUAAAAAAAUUUAUUUCUGAGUUUAUGCCAAAUACUAUGUCUGUAUCCAGGGUGUAAAGAAAAGCAUUUUUACAGCUUGCCAUUCGGGCAAACUGAAGCUAGCAUUUACUGGUCCAAACGUCAUCUCAACUAGCCCAAAAGCUUUUUGACGAGCAGAAUUGAUUUCACAGUUCUUCUUCAAUUUUAAGUCCUCAAAAAACAUCACUUGCCCGUCGGGCAAGUUAAGAACAGAAUUCACUUGUCCGAAAGGAAACUUCACUAGCCCCGGGCUAUAGGACACUACUUUCUUUGCACGCUGUGUACCUCAGAUGCAACUGCAAGUCACACCAAGUGACUGUUGUUAUUUUGCAAAGUGUUGUUACAGAAAGCAGUAUAAAGUAAUAUGAUCAACCAUGGCAAUCGUAAUUGACUCCAUUGAGUGUUUUAGCCUGAAUAAGGUGUUCAAAAGGGGGUCAAAGAAUGCUGAUUUAUUGAAUAAAUCGUAGUCCGUAAAAAAAUAUAAUUUGCCCUUGAAAAGUCCUUGAAAAGGCCUUAAAUUUUGUUUGUCUGAAGUUGUACGAAUCAUGUUUUUGAAACCCCAACGUUUUUACUCGGAUUUAUGUGGACGGGGCCUAAAGCCACUCAAGAGAGCGGUUUGAAAAAAAUAUUCGAUGAGCGGUUUGAACGUCUUUGUUGUCCUCUGUGAUCUCACUAAUUCCAGGUCUGAAAAGGUAACUGUUAAUUUUUGUACAGGUUGUAUUUGAGGGAGUCCGUGGGAGGAACUAUCAGGGUGAUAUAGCAAUCGAUGAUAUCGUUAUCAAAAAUGGUUUCUGCCAACCACUUAAACAGUGCUCAUUUGAAGAUGUUCAAAUGUGUGGAUGGACCAAUGAAAAGAGGUAAUAUGUGGUAUAAAGUGUAAGAGUAGUGUUAUUAUUUCGAUCUUUAUUUUUGAAUGUGUAAACCCUUGGAUGUCUCCACGUGGUCAAACUGAGGCGCGAUUCAUUAUGUAACCGCAGCAAAAGGUGAUUUUUCUAAUUGGAUAACAUGCUAUUUUAACGUGCGAAGAUAUGUUUUCGCGCGAAGGAUCACCUGGAAUUUCAUUGAUGUUUAUAUAAUGAAAAAAGGAUCACAUUUCAUAUGCAAUGUCAAGAGAAAAUGCGCUUUAUUUGAGUUUCACUUUAUUUAGCACGAAGGUAUUAAACUGGAGACGUGACUACCAUUUUACUUGGUCAUUCGAGCCACGCGAAGGUCCAGCCGCUUGCAGUGCAAAGGGAGUACCUUCAUUUCUCAGGGCGCUUACCAUAUGUCAGAACUGACCGGCCGGACCAUUUCCGUCAUUAUGAGAAUUUCACUUUUUAAUCAAAACUAUCCAGCCAGAUCAAUCAAAUCCUAAAUAAUGUGCAUGAAGGAGAUAGUUUUUCAGCAAGAACCCUUUGUAAGAAAGCCGAUUUCGAUUGCUAACUGACUGGUCCGGCAACGGUCCGGCCGGCCAGUUCUGACAAAUAGAAAGCGCCCAUAGUUAUUUUAAUGACCCUGAGUAUUGGUCUGGCCCCUGAAAUCGAGCCCGCGACCUCCCGCCCUACGGUCAAGCGCUCUACAGACUGAGCUAAUUCUGCCGUGUUUUAGAUACUUUCCAACAUCUCGCGCUGGCGAAAGGACCGGCUGGUCGGGCUGGUGUUUCUUUCUUUCCUUUUUUUGUAAUUUGACUGUCAAAAGUACGCUUUAACGAGAGAAUAGCAGUUAUUAAAUCUUAAAUUAUUCACCAAAUUAUUCCGUCAGGGCGCCCCGGCUAGAAAGCUAAAGCAAAGUUCGAUUUAUUCCCAUUAGGUUGUUUUUGCUUUCAAUUGUAACUUUUGAUAAUUUCCAACGAACCCUCAAAAGUCAGUCUGAGUCUGGACCUUGUCCUCAGUUAUGUCAUAGGUUGCACUGUGGCCUUCAUUCAUCAUUUUUUUUCGGUACACACCCAUCUUUUUAAUAUCCAAUUCCACUCAUUUCCUUUUUGAAAUAUAUACUGCACUCAGCUCUCGUCUCCACUCAGAAAACAGGCAAAAUAUCGCUUGUGUUAUUUUAACUGAUGCGGUAAUUUCUGAUCUACAACUCCCUCGUAACCUGUCGUAUUUCUGAUAAUAAACCCGGUGUCAUUUUCUUGGUAAUGUUUUAGUGCUGAUAACUUUGACUGGACACGCCAAAGUGGUUCGACAUCAAGUACCGGCACUGGCCCCGCAAAUGACCACACCUUUGGAACAGCGAAAGGUUAUUACAUGUUCAUUGAAACCUCGCUUCCACGAAAGCCAGGAGACAAGGCAAUGCUUAUGAGCCCCAAAUAUUCAACAACAAAGGGAAUGUGCCUUCAGUUUUGGUACCACAUGUAUGGAAGCCACAUAGGGACACUAAACGUCCGUAUCAAGCGCAUGGUUCUCGGAAGACCCACAUACUUUUUGAAGUGGUCUAGAUCAGGCAAUCAUGGAAAUCGUUGGAGGAUUGCCCAGGUACAGAAAAAUAAUCUCUGAGUUCACUGAACUUGUCAUAGAAAUCUUGCUUAAUUCUUAUAAACGCUUUUUUUCCAUGUCGAGCUGCAUGCUUAUCAACGUUCACUGAUGUACCGAUGGUUGGUGUAAGGGAAGACCCCGGGGGGGGGGGGGGUACCCCGGAUUUUAAGUGACAGGGAUGGUCGAAUUGGGUCAAAAAUCCACACACUCAAAAAUCCCUAGACCAAAAUUUAGCGCUCAAAAAAUUCCAUGCCGAAUUUCCGAGCAAUAAAAAUCUCCAGAAAGCAUUGAAUGUUAUAACACGAAUAUAGAAACAUCAGUUUUGAAUAACCCCAAAAAUCCCUACUAAAAUCAAGCCACCCAAAAAAUACUCACCAGAAUUUUCCUACCCCAAAAAAUUCCGAAAUCGAAAAUUUCAAACCCCAAAAUAUCCUUCGAUCACCCCUGUCACUUGAAAUCCGGAGUACCCCACCUGGGGUGAAGACUAGAACUGGAACAAGUUCCCUCUUUCUCUUCCUGUAUUAAAGUGGCUAUGUCACGAGGACUUUGCCGUUAGGUCAACUCUGUGCUGAAGUCAUUACUUAGUACCUUAACCAAUACACAAAUUUCAUCAGGGAGCACCACCUGUAAUAAUGUAUUACAUUGGUGAUUUUUGCGGGCAUGAAAACGGUGAUCUAACAUUUCCAGUUUCAAUCCAUGUCCAUCUUUGCCAUCCGUAACAAUAGACGAUAGGAAACACUUUCAAUGCCUAAGUAAAUUAUAGUCUUAAAGAGCAAAAGUGUACCAUCUUUUUUUGAACUCAUCUUAUGUGAAGACACAUUUUAGCUUUUUUAAAAGAUAGGAAAUAGCGUCACAUAGUCCCUUUAAGAAACAGUCAAUUACACUGCAAGAAUUUGCAAUUUAAGAGGCGCCUGGAAUGUAAGGGACAAGUUAUUCUUUUGCUGUAGGACUUUUUAAUCCUGGGCCCAGUUGUUCAAAGGCCGAUUAGCGCUUACCCGUGAAGCAUUUUCUUAGAUAAUUUUCUCUAUUCUUUUUAGAGCAUCUAAUCAUCAAAUUGUACACAAAAAGAGUGAAACUGGAUUUUGCUUUUUAAGCUGUCAUAUCUGAAUUCGAAUUUCGCACUUAACCUGGGUUUAGUUAAGGCGAUCGAAAUAUCGAAGUGGCCUUAUGGCGGGGUUCAAAGUAGCAGUCCCCGGUUCAACGAUGUAAUGUUUUGGGCUAGAAUUUAACAUGCUUCGCAAAGAACCUUGCAGACAGAGAUUCAUUUUAAAGCGCACACUUGCAUAGGUUGUUAGUGAGCUGAGUCUAUCCUGCCGGGGAAACGCAAGCAGUUCAUGUAAUCACAGCUAAUUUGAAUUGGCAGGACUUUUUGUAAGAAACGCUCUGACAGGGCUCAUGAAUACCAUCCUGUAAAAGUCAUUUCUUCACCUUGUUCUUGGCAGGUGACAAUCACAUCAAAUUCUGAUUAUUGGCUGGUAUUUGAAGGAAUACGAGGGUCCAGUUAUCAAGGUGACAUAGCCAUAGACGAUGUAGAGUUACUGGAAAAUGCAUGCCCACCUCCAGGUGAUUGUAACUUUGAGACAGGCAUGUGUACUUGGGUCAAUGUGCCUAAUACUGAUGAUUUUGAUUGGCUACGUGGAAGUGGCUCGACAGCGAGUCUCAACACUGGUCCUGCUAUUGACCACACAACAAACUCUUCUACAGGUAAGUAUUUUUGAGGGAAUUUGAAAAGAAUUUUUUUAAACAAUUUUGUUGAUCUGAAUCUCUUUUAAUAAAUAGUUUUGAGGAAAAGUAGAUCAAAAGGUAAGGCGCAUACGGGACCCUAGCCAGCAAGCAACCACUCCAUUUUGAGUGGCGAAGGAAGCGAGCCGUGAGAUAACGCGCGUGCGAGCAGCGAAGUCACGAGGGGCGCCUCGCACUCUCGUGUCUUCUUCCGUGUGCCCCUCACGCGUGAGGAUAGCUUACCCGCAGGCUAACGGGAUCUUAACUCCCAUACAACUUCAUCAUUUUAUCACCUCUAAGAAUUUACAAAAAUAAUCAUAAUUAAUCGAUAAACCAGUGGCAACCUACCAACCCAAUGAACAUGGGUUGUCAAUGAUUCAUUGCCAAUUCGUCUUUGUAAAAUUUAGUUUUUCUUUUUUUAAAAAACUUAGAAAGUCAGUGGGUUGAAAUGAUUUACAUACAUGUGGUGGGGUUCAAGGAGGACUGAUAGUUAACUGACUUGCAAAAAGCGUUUCCAUCGUUUCGAACUACUUACCGUAGACUUACUGCUUAUAAGCUUCCCCCCCUCCAGUUAUGAGCCCAUCUACCAGUUAACAUCUAUUAUGGCCGUGACUUACACUCUCAGCAGAACUAACAUGGAUAUCAACAUCAAUAUAGCCAUACAGAACCUUUUUAGGUGGUGAACAAACGUUGGGGUAAAUUCUUGGAGUGCCUUUGGAGUUCUGCAGCAGACAAACAUUUUCUCUAUUCUCGUGAAUGUAACAUCUUUGCUUCUCGUUCUUCCAGGAUUCUAUAUGUUCAUUGAAACGUCCCUCCCACGCAAACCCAAUGACAAAGCCCGUCUUGAGUCCGAAGAGUUCCAACCAACAGGCUCAUCAGGACGCUGUUUGAAAUUCUGGUAGCUUACCCGCAGGCUAACGGGAUCUUAACUCCCAUACAACUUCAUCAUUUUAUCACCUCUAAGAAUUUACAAAAAUAAUCAUAAUUAAUCGAUAAACCAGUGGCAACCUACCAACCCAAUGAACAUGGUUUGUCAAUAAUUCAUUGCCAAUUCGUCUUUGUAAAAUUUAGUUUUUCUUUUGUAAAAAACUUAGAAAGUCACUGGGUUGAAAUGAUGUACAUACAUGUGGUUGGGUUCAAGGAGGACUGAUAGUUAACUGACUUGCAAAAAGCGUUUCCAUCGUUUACAACUACUUACCGUAGACUUACUGCUUAUAAGUUCCCCCCCUCCAGUUAUGAGCCCAUCUACCACUUAACAUCUAUUAUGGCCGUGACUUACACUCUUAACAGAACUAACAUGGAUAUCAACAUCAAUAUAGCCAUACAGAACCUUUUUAGGUGGUGAAUAAACCUUGGGGUUAAUUCUUGGAGUGCCUUUGGAGUUCUGCAACAGACAUACAUUUUCUCUAUUCUCGUGAAUGUAACAUCUUUGCUUCUCGUUCUCCCAGGAUUCUAUAUGUUCAUUGAAACGUCCCUCCCACGCAAACCCAAUGACAAAGCCCGUCUUGAGUCCGAAGAGUUCCAACCAACAGGCUCAUCAGGACGCUGUUUGAAAUUCUGGUAUCAUAUGUAUGGUGCUACAAUUGGGACACUUAAUGUUUGGAUGAGUAGUAAUGGCUCCUCAGGAAUGAUCUGGUCACUGGCAGGAAAUCAACGUAACCAGUGGAAUUUUGGACAGGCUCCUGUUAGCAGUAGGAAUGUCUAUCAGGUUGGUAACUUGUGUUAGGCUUUCUCCUUUUCCCCCAAACCCCUUUGGCCUUUGCCAAAUGUGGGCAUUUGAACUCAUGUAAGAAAGGCCAAGCGAACUUAUUAGUAAUUUCAACCUAAAUUUUCGGCGAUACUGGGAUCUAUUUUUUUUUCAUGAACAAGAUAGCACGAUAAUGGUCUUUGACAAAAAUGCACAGAUAAAUUUAUGGAUAAGAGGUUAUUGCUAAUUUUUCCUUGUUUCGGUAGUGUAUUUAUCAAUUCCCACUGUCAGAGAUAUUGCAGUAAAUGUCUUGUUUUAUUAUUUUUCUCUGUGUGAAGGUCAUCUUUGAAGGUGUUAGAGGUCAAGGCUAUCAAGGUGAUAUAGCUAUUGAUGAUGUACAAUUCACGGUUGGCAGUUGUCCUGUUUUGCCCUCUGGAGCCAAGCCCUCUAACCCCUGGACUACUCCAGCUGUCUCAACCGUGCCUACCACCACAGUUCCAACACCAGGUAACUGAGAUUUCAUUUAUUGAAAGAGCUAUGUCACACGAGAUAUUACUGGUUUAGGUCAAUUGUGUGCUUAAAUCACUAUUCAAAAAAUGUUGCUGUACAGUUAUAAAGAAGGCACCAAUAAAUUUCAUCAGGGAACUCUAACGGCGCGGUUGUCAAAAGUAGCCGGCUGUCGGCGAAAAGUGCCGCCUACUUGGUUAGUACGGCCAGCUACUCUGCUUGGCAUUUCUUUGAAAAUGACGUUUUUCAAAUAAAAUGUCCCUGGACUGGCCGCUUACUUUGACAACUCAACUGUCUACUUCAAAACUUUCUGACAACCCCGCGAGUAACGAUAACAAGACAGCCCAUUUAUAGCGGUCUUAUUGGAAAUUAGUCUUGCUGCCUAUCUUUGUCUACUCUUACCUCCAAAAAGAAGAAAACAAAUUUAUACAGUGCAACCAACUCAACAAGUGCCACCAAAACAUUAAUUCAGUGCCCAAUCAUAGGUCACGUACACAAAAAUGGAGUCUAGGGAAUUUGGUAGUUCGUUAGCCAUUAAAAAAGUAUCGGCGACCCCAGUUGAUCUCAGGAUUUAUUUGUAUUUUAGCCUGGGACCAGGUUCCGUAGUGGGAGGAAAGGCAAAUGGCAUAAAUGGAAGAGCUAAGCCAGCUGAGUGUGCCUACUUCGGGUCCCCUUUUUUUCGCCCUUUCCCCCCACUGCGGAGCCUGGUCCCAGGCUGUUUGUAGUUAAGCAUGAAAACUUCUCUCUCGUAUAUUUUUUAUUUAAUUACACGUUAGAGACUGUUUGAUUUUCCAUGGGGGAUCAUGGGUUUCUUUUCCCGAUUAUCCAGCAAGCUAAAGUUUGUUUUCGCUCCGUUGAACAGAGGAGCCUUUGAAUGCAACUUGUAGAGCAAUAAUUUUGCAUUAUUUUCAGCACCUUCCAUUUAUGACUGCACGUUUGAGAACGGUACGUGUACUUGGACUCAAGCACUAGAUGACAAAUUUAACUGGACUAGAGCGCGAGGGAAGACACCAUCUCGAUUAACUGGACCUGGUACUGACCACACGACUGGUGGCUCAAGUGGCUACUACAUUUAUAUUGAGACGUCGUCUCCAAGGAAGGCUAAUGACACAGCACGCAUCGAGAGUGCCACGAUUCCUGCUACUCAACUCAAGUGCUUGCAGUUUUGGUAUCACAUGUACGGUCCUCAUGUUGAUACUCUGAACGUGUACACCAAGGCAAAUGGACAGCUGGGUUCACCUGUUUGGACAUUGAGUGGUUCUCAAGGAAACAAGUGGAGGCAUGCAGUUGUUUCUUUGACUGUUUCAUCUAAAUUUCAGGUAAAGGGUUAGGGUUAGGGUGACACUCUGUACAGGGAUGAAGUGUUCAGUCUUUCUUUACAGCUUUAUUAAGCACUAUUUGUACAUGGAAGACUUAUUGCACUUAUUGACUUAUUGUUGUCUCUGUCGAACCACCUGAAGGUCGCAGGAGACACCUAUCUAUAAAUAAAUUCAGAAGGCAAAAUCUUGCUGUGCUACGUCUUUUAAAAACGCUUGUAUCUCGGUUGUUUUGGAAGCGAUUUAGAUAAAAAUUUUACACAGACAUUGAAGAAUGAUGGUUUUUAAUUGGUUGAUCGCGCUUUGCGGUAAUGCUUUUAGCCAUAUUUGUGGCUAUUGGGAAGUCGUGAUUUUGUGUCCAAGUUUGCGGAAAGAAUAGAAGACAGCAUUCUGUGAUUUUAUUAACAAAUGAUCGGUCAAAACCUCUAGUGUUCCUUGUAUAGAGCUGAUUUUAAGAGCUGAUUUUACAAUUUCAAGUUUGCCAGCAAGAUAUACUCGAUUAAAUGAGCAAAAUCUGUGAUCCCCGAAAUUAACGUUGAAUCGCAGAUUAUCUGAACGCGCCAGUGAAUCACAUGAUCGAUGUAGCGAGCUACUGGGCAUGCGCAUGCUAAAAGACUGCUGACCUCAGGCACUUGAUGCUCUUUUAGUUGUUAACUCCUUUAAAUUGCAAUUCGUCGUUCUUCAUGCACAUGCUUUAACUAACCGCUUAACAAUGACCUCAAGGUGUCCCCCGCGACCUUAAAUGAUCUGGAAUGUCAAUAGGGUCCUGAUCAGUCGCAUUUAGAAUAAAGGAAAAUCAAGGAAAUCAAGGCAUCAAAGCUUACCAUACUUAACCAUAACCAUCUCACCUGUACAUUCCAUAAUUACUUGUACGAUUUUUGUCUCAAAACGCAAAAUCAUUCUAGGAGGGCUAGUUAUUUGAUAGCAGUGUCGUUUUAUGCUAAGUCUUGGGGAGCAAGGGAUGGCACAGUGAUGAGAGCACUCGCCUCCCACGAAUGAGGCCCAGGGUCGAAUCUCGGCGUCGACGCCAUAUGCCGGUUGAGUUUGUUAAUGAUUCUCUCCAUCUUUGCUGUGAGAGUUUUUCUCCGGGUACUCCGGGUUUCUCCUCUCCUCAAAACUAACAUUUCCAAAGUCUAAUUUGGCCAGGAAUUGUAGACGAAGAGUCACUAUGUGGAUGUGCUACCUCUAAAUCGUUAUUUUAUUUAAUUUUUUUCUGCUCGUUUGAACAGGUUGUCUUUGAAGGUCGCAGAGGAAUUAGCUGGGCAGGGGAUAUUGCUCUUGAUGACAUUUCCCUGCAGGAUGGUCAGUGUCCUCCUCAACUGCAGUGUUCAUUUGAGGAUCCUAAUCUCUGUGGCUGGACCAAUGUUCACGGUGAUAACUUUGAUUGGACACGUGCAAAUGGUUACACAGCCAGCCGUGGAACUGGGCCAUCAUUUGAUCACACUACGGGAACGAAUAAUGGUAAGUUGAAAAAUCUCGGAAAGAGCUAUUACUCAUUUGCGUUGUGCAUAUCAUUAGUCUGACCUGACUGGCCUGACCAGCGAAUUUCCACUAUAAGUCAGGACUCUCCAGCCGAUCAGUCUAAUCCAAAUAAGUGUACUGCACGGUAAUGUCUUGUUUUCUUUCAAAAAGUCUCUUUCAUUUUCAAGAAUAAUGACUGGCUAGUCCUGACUUUUGGUUCCCCCUUAAUCUCCUUGUCUCAUCGGUAGUGGUGGUGGUAGUGGUGCAUUCGACUGCCACCAGCAGCAAAUUAUGUAAAGAACACCUUCUUGCUUAAGCUUUCUUUAUCCUCUGACCUUUAGGGUACUAUAUGUACAUUGAGACCUCUAGGCCUCGCUCCAAAGGUCACAAGGCAUGGCUUGUGAGCCCUCAGUUCAAAUCCACUGGUGGUAGAUGCCUUCAGUUCUGGUACCACAUGUAUGGAUCAACCAUUGGAACACUUAAUGUUCUUUUGCUGCAAAACAAUACUCGCUCUUCGCCGAUCUGGAGCCUGUCUAGUAACCAAGGAAACGUAUGGAGAAUAGCUCAAGUUACACUGAAGAGUCCCAUUGACUUCAAAGUAUGUGUGUCUUGCUGCCGCCAACCGUACUAUAGCUAAUAGGAAAGCAGUCUUUUAUUUCAAAAUAUUUCAGUGAUUCCUUUUAGGAAGUGACAGUACAUACAACUAAAACCAAUAGACCUAUUCGACUAACUCAAUGUUGUACCCAAUUCAAAUCUCCCGGGGUUAAGAUUCUUUGUGUAUUGUGUUUGGAUUAUAAUGUGGCAUUCACAUUUAAAUGUAUGGAAAUUCCUGAAAGAAAAAGUUUUAUUCCCAAAGGGUUUGAAUUGGGUACAACAUUGAGUUAGCCGAAUAGCUCUAUUGUCAUUUUUCUAUCGAUUUAGAGUAGUUAUGCAACAACUAGUUAUUGUACCAUUUCUAAGAAUUAAAAAACCUACAGUUUUGGAAGAAAGUGGGCGCUAUGAAAUACCGUGAAACAAAUUAGAAUUGUUUUCUAGACUUAAAACAGGGAUCAAAUCUACUUAGAUAAAGUAGCCUGUGUACAGACGCCCCCCCUCCUCUCUCUCCCCGAUGUUUUCUGAGGGGAGGGGGACGUCUGUACACAUGCUAAGAUAAAAGGAAGAAAUUGUACUUAUUAAACUCUAGGUGUUUGGUAAAUCAAUUUUGCCUGAUGUUGUCUUGCAGGUAAUAUUUGAGGGUAUCACUGGAACCAGUUACACUGGUGACAUUGCAAUAGAUGAUGUUGAGAUCAUGGAUGGUGCCUGUCCAUUGCCAGGUUUGCUACGUGAUGUCGUAAUAAGUUUCACAUGUUGUUAGUCAGUGCUCAGCUUAAAUUGUAACUAAGUAUUCUUAGCCCUCUUUUCUUCUUGUUGAAACUCUCAAAGUAAAGAUAUUAGAUGAUGACAAAGCAUUGUCUUCUUUUGGUUAUUUUUCGACAGCUUACGGGUUUCACCUGAACGAGUUGGCCCAGUUUUCAAGUUGUAAUCUGUUUCAUCUUGGCUAUCGAAAGCCAGAGUGAUUUGAAAUAAAACUGAACCAUAAAACUAAACCAUUGCAUGUUGCAUGAGGUUGCUUUAAGCAUCAUAAAGAAAAUCAAGAACUCGUAACAUAGCUUCUUUAAUACUGAUAGAAAUGUUUCAAAUUCUCGCAGUUAUAGGUUUUUGAUUCAGUUCUUGCCGCAGUCAAAGUGUUAUAUACUCCAGGGCCCAGUUGUUGGAAGGCAGAUUAACGCUAACCUGGGGUUAAAUCUUAAUCCAAGUUUCUUUUCUUUUGUUCAAAAGCAUUUUUUCGGAUAAUUUUCUCUAUUCGUUUAUAGCAUCCAAUUACCAAAUUGAAGACAAAGAAUUGAAUUUGCUUUGUAAACUUUUAUAUCUGGAUGAUUCAAAAUUCGAACUAUCCCCGGGUUAACUUCAUCUUCCAGUAUGUGUUUAAUAAUGUUUUAACACAACGCUACCGGUUCAUUAAUUGUAACUAUGAUUUGUUUUACAGGUGACUGUGAUUUUGAGAAAGGAUUGUGUACUUGGGUCAACUCUAUGAAUAUUGUGGAUGAUGAAUUUGACUGGACAAGGGGAAGCGGUGGAACGCCCAGUGGUUUUACUGGCCCUAAGAUAGAUCAUACAACAGGGACAGGAAAGGGUUAGUGCUUUUUUCCUUCAAAGAAUAUUUGAAUUUGCAAGGUUUUUAGUAAGCCGUGAACUGACCUUGCAGACAAGGAAAAGGGAGGGAUGUUUUGCUUUUGCUGGUAACAGGGUUCGUACAGGUCAUAAAAACCUGGAAAGUCAAGGAAUUUAAGCAUUUCAUUUUCCAGGCCUGGAAAGUCAUGGGAUUUUAUUGUCGCUUCUUGAAAGUCAUGGAAAGUUGAAGUUUUGUUUGGUAGUUUAGUUACUGCAGAUGACGAAGCAUGGGAAAUGUAAGAUAGAGAGAAGUAAUUAAACAGCAACAAACGGCGCGCAUUUUGGCGGCCACCAGUUUUUGUGUCUGUUGAACUGUUUAACGUCGAAAAAUACCCCAAAACAAGGAAAAGUUUGAAAAAUUUUGAAAGCAACAAAUAAACCUUUAAGUCUUGGAAAACUUGAAAAGGUCAUGGAAAGAGUCAUGGGAGUCAUGGAAUUUGAAGAACUUAAAAGAGUACGAACCCUGUUAGGGUAAGAAGUGGGCGUCGAUGAUGUAAUGGGAACAAUGCAAGUGGUGGGAUGAGGAGUGGGAGAAAUCCCAUGCCGUUAUGAAAAGCCCUUAUAAAUCUGCGUCUGUUAUAGUCAAAAAGUAAACAAACUUGGUUUUCCCCUACAUUCCUCCAUUUUCAAAGAGAAAGAGAAAUCAUGUAAAAAGGUUCUUAACUGCGUUUAAGAAAUAUCGAUUUAAUGAAGCAAAGAACUGUAAUCCUUCACAAGAGUUUUGCGCACUUCUUUGUGGUGCAGUUACUGAUGCAGUCCUAUUUGUUUCCAUAGGCAACUACAUGUUUAUAGAAACAUCGUACCCUCGAAAGCGCGGUGACCGCGCAAGAUUCGAAAGUGAAAUCUUUCCUCCAACCCCUAGCAAUGGGAGAUGUAUGUCUUUUUGGUAUCACAUGAAGGGCGGCCACAUUGGUACUUUGAAUGUCUACAUGAGAAUCUAUGGCCAGUCAGAGACCAAGCUGUGGAGUAUGUCUCUUGACCAAGGCGACAGGUGGAACUCUGCUGUGGUACCUAUUUUGAGUGGCAAUCGCUAUUAUCAGGUAUGAGUUAGUGGAAUGAUAGGCCUUUUGACUAGAGAGUCAGUUUUAGGCUACGUUAACAAGACGUGGCCUGUUGAAAGUUCGCGCAUUUUAGGAUGUUCCGUUCCACCUUAACCGUUCAGAAACUUAGACGCAUAGCCGUUCAAAAUUCGGCCGUCCAACGUUAUCCACCGGGUAACAUUUUUGGCCUGUAUAGUGGACAAUUUGACCGGCGCGGUGUGAACACCAUAAGCGUCUUAAUUUUUAUAACGUUGGGUGGUAACUCAUCUGGGAGACUCCAUCUUGGAUUUGCUGAAAAAGCGCUCUGCUCAUAGGCAGAUGGUAAAUCCACUGAAAGAAAUUAAAAAUUCAACCUGGUUCGUCAGUUCCGUGUGAACGGAGCAAAAUUGUUGAACGGUUCCCUGUGAACGAAGUGUCAUCCGGUCAAAUUUGACAUCCGGUCGAAGAUUCGUCCGCUGUCGUGUGAACGUAGGUUUGGGUUAUGACGUUGAAAGAUGAUUCACAGAGACUUGAAAAUUCCUUGAACCUGAAAUGAAGCCUUUAGAGGCCCUUAACGCCCUUAAAUUUUACAAUUUACGUCUUGAAAAGAACUUGAUAAUAAGAUAAUGAAGUUGAUAGCUUCAUCCACAGUUUUCGCCAAUUUUCAGCUAAGAAAUGCGUCAAGAGGAUUUUGUUGUGCCAGCUUGGCGUGGGACGUGGACCAGUUUUCGAAAAAAGCCAAUUUGGUGUAAUAAAUUUUUGCUUGUAGAUUAUUUUCGAAGGUGUGCGUGGAACAGAUUACCAAGGGGACAUAGCAAUUGAUGACGUUUCCUUUACUGCAACGGUUGGCAGCUGUAAUGUGUCUCCCUCCGGUGCGGCUCCAUUUGAUUGUAACUUUGAAACAGGAUUGUGCAGAUGGACACAGUCACGCCGGGAUCGUUUUGACUGGACAAGACACAGGGGUUCCACAGGCAGUUUUCUGACUGGUCCAAGUAUUGAUCAUACAGCAGGAACCAGUGAGUGUGGCUUAAUUGCGUUUAACCUCACUAGGAUGGUAACCCUUUGGACAUUAUGUGAUAGUUUAAAGGGGUUAUUAGUUGUUUUAUAGCACUACUGUACCCACUUACCUUCAUGCCGUCGUCGUUGUUGAGAUCAGCCUCAGCUCCUCUGACAAAACUGAGAACAAUGUGUCUUGUGAUAUCGGUUGGUGUAUGGAUGAAGGGCAAUAAAAUGCUUAGUUUGUUGCGUGGUGAAUAGUUACCAAAAACUUUAGUAAAUAAUAAUUUAAAAGGAAGGCAAGAAUGUACUUUUUUCACCAUAAUACCGUAAAUGAUCUAAUGAUCUAAUAAACGCCCUCCCUACGCUGUUAAGUAUGUAUUAAACGCCCCUCUCUAAUAAACGCCCCCCGUGAAAAUUGCUUCAAAAUACUAGGAAAUGGAAAAAUCGAGUAAAAUCAAUCAAUUUAUUACGUAAUUUCAUUGCUUGAUUAACGUCCGUGUGUGUAUUAUGUCAUGUUCCGUUCAAGUUCAAAGUAAUGACAGUGCUCUUUGAUCUUCUUGAUCUCGUUGCGCACUUGUUAAAGCACCCUCUUGAUUGUAACAAAAGAGAAAAAAAAUAGAUUCUGUUAACACACAAACGUUUUUGGCCGAAAGCAUAUUGUAUACAGUUUUGUUGAGUUCGUUAAAAUGAGUUACGAUAAUAAAUGCCUCUCUCUUUUAAACGCCUUCCAUCUAUUAAACGCCCCCUCUUGGACCCCUAAAAUUUGAUAAACGCCCAGGCGUUUCAUAGAUCAUUACAGUAUUCCUGUAGUGACCUAUCCUUUGGACCCAUGGUACGUACUUUAAGACGGAGUUUACCAGGAAAUUGAAUAAUUUUAAUUUUCAGUGGACAAAAACCUUGUACCAGAAUAAUUUAAAGCAUAUUGCAUUCUUUUUAACAUUUUUCAAGGGCUAAAGAUAUUAGUCAUCUGUAGUAACACCAAAGAAAAUUUCUGUUAAAAUACUGCGACAAUCGUUAAGUAUGUUUUGAUUUUAUUCUUUAUUUUAACAAAUUACGCAAUUGUGAUUUCUCAGGUAAAGGGAAAGAGUCCUUAUUUUGCGUCGGUAGCUCGAAAUAGUCUUCUGACUAACAAUCCUGAAGCCGACGGUACUCUCAGUUUACCCCCCCUCCCUCCCUCUCUCCCUCCCCUCCCCCUCUCCCUCUCUCCAUUAGUUUUCCGUUUUACAGGUAUUUAAAGCUACUUAAAGCUACACAGAAAGGAAAGAAGUCGAAAGAAGGAUUUGUGGUCACUGCACCUGGGAAUCGAACUCGGGACCUCCCGCACAGGAGGCCGCGCACUAAUCAACUGCGCUAAUCCUUUCUACGCUCACUAUUAGUGGUACACUUAGGGCCAAGUGUCCUGAUCACUGUUGAACUAUUUCCAUUUUCUUUACAGGACAAGGCUGGUAUGUAUACAUCGAAACAUCAUCUCCGAGACUACCUAAUGACACUGCGCAAAUCAUCAGCCCUACAAUAGCAGGCAAUGGCACUAAAUCCAUACACUGUGUCUCUUUCUGGUAUCACAUGUACGGUCCCCAUGUUGAUGUGCUGCGUCUGUACAAGAGGCAAGGGUUUUCCCUUGGAAAGCCGCAGUGGAUGAGGCAGGGUGAUCAGGGCAAUAGAUGGAUCCAGGGUGAAUACACGGUGGAGCACACAGGCAAUGUUCAAGUAAGGUUUUCAAUACCUGUGUGUAUGCUGAAUUUAUUUUUUAUUGUUAACACACCAUUAAUAGAUAGGCACAUCACUUAUUUGUAUCGUAAUGUUCAUUGUGAUACUCCCAAUGAACAACUGACUAGCCCUUUGCUUGGUAAUACACUCGAUCUUUGCAGACUGUGUUUUCAGCAAAUUAUAUACCUUGAGUAUUUUUUGUCACCAGUCAAUGUAUUGGUAUCAGAAGAGAAUUCACAAAUUAAAAAGAAAAUGUAUGUACGAUUGGAAGUUAUUCAAUGCCAGCUAGUUUUAUGUUGGUAUAUGUAGAAAAGUUGCUUUGGAUUCAAUGCUCAAUCUAGUAACUACCCAGUGUUGUUCUGUAGGGACUCUUCCAAGGUUAACUUCUUGGCAAUGCUUAUAAAUAGCUAAAUUCCAAGUAAUUUCCUCGGAUUGUAUAGUGUUAAAGAAUUCUGAUCAACUCGUUGACUAACGAUGUUUUAGUAAUUACGAAUAUAUGAAUUUCAUCUACUGGAACCGCGGAAUGAAGAAACAAAUGCAUACGACGUCGUCGCAGUUAAAGAUGUAGCUUAUGCAUUUGCGAGAAGAUAGCAUAUUUUUGUCAGAUCUUUUGUCGCUAUCAAAAUAGAUUAGGAAGAAGGUAAGUUCGCACUCAGUUGUCAAAUAAUUGUAACUGUAUCUUUUUUUCAGAUUGUGUUUGAAGCCGUUCGUGGAGUAAGUUAUCGUGGCGACAUAGCCCUUGAUGAUAUUGCAUUGAAGGACGGAAGCUGCCCAUCAUCAGGUAACUUCUCUUAGCUAAAUGCUACAAUUAGCGCCUGGGGCGGUUAUUUGAAUUUUCUUCGUUGAGACGGGGCGCUGUUUCAACUGUGGAGUGCUUAUUUUUCUUUUCAAAUUUCGGUCUCAAAAUACUCUUCGCACGUAGGUCGCAUACGGGGAGGUUAAACCGUAUUUCUUUUACUCUUUGUCGUGCUUCAUAACAGCAGGAUAAUUUCAUUUUACUGUGAUGCAGAGUUUUGGUGUUAAAAACUGUGUGUUUACAUAAAAGCGCGAUGAUUCACAAUUUGGGAAUAAUUGGUUUUUGGAAUAGCACUCAUUGUUUCUGGAGAGGACUGGGACGCGUUAUUUUUCUCAAGAUGAUUCCCAGCACUCACCAUAACUAUUUGUAAAAAUAUCCUUAAUUUUAUCGCAGGAAUGUGUAGCUUCGAGGCAUCUGAUAUCUGUGGUUAUAAGCAAGAUCACGACACGGAUAAAUUUGACUGGGUGCGCAGCAAUGGUCCAACGUCCAGUAUUGGUACAGGACCUGUAGCAGAUCACACAUAUGGAACUGUCUAUGGUAAGUAUGCAAUGACCAGUGAACUUGUCGUUUGUCAUCCCUAUUAAAUUUAUUAGGGGGGAAAUAGAAUCAAAUCAUCAAUUGUUAUGAUGCCUGUGCUUUCAUUAUCCACAGACCUCAGAUGCAAGUGUUACUCAGCCUUUAAUGACUUUUUUGUGGUUACCUAUCAAAGGAUUAUCUUAGAGGCCUGAUAAGGCAUAUUUUCCUAACUUUUUCCAUUUCCCAAUCCGAUGCUCUGCUCUCCUCCAGUUUCUUGUCAGAAAACAAGCCAACUUCACUUAAAAUACAAAAAUAGGUUCGUUUAGUGGCCAAAGAAUCGCAGCGGUAUGCAUCUUAUUAAGAUGUAAAAGCCCUUUACUUGAUGUAAAAAACAUCAAAUAUUGUAAGGCCUCGUUUAUAUGGAGCAAAGUUGGUCAGCCGCCUAGCCAAGCCACCCUGGGCGAGCCAACUUCUCAUGCUUUUCCUUAUAAACCAGGGCGAAUCGUUUACAUCAGAAGCCAAAAGUUGGCUCGGCUAGAAAAGUGACCCAGACGUUUUUGAUGGUAGUGUCACCCUCAGUAGCCAGGCCAACUUGUCUCUAUGAAAAAACAUUUUGGCUCGCCCAGCUGGGUCAACUCUGUCAAGGUGAGACGAUCGGAGCUUGCGCGAGCGGUGUUUUAGGCAAUCAGAGCACGCGCGCUCAUGGACGUUCGCUUAUAAGUUGAUUUGUCUGAGUUGAUUUGUCCCUUUCUACCUGGGACAGGUCAGGUUCUGCAUUCAAACGGGGCCUAAGUUGUAUGAAAUAAGCUGGCAUCCCAUAUAUUUUAAAAAAAAGGAAAACAAAAAACAAAACAAAACAAUGCGACCAGGAAUUUCUUUGUUUGAAAAUAUAGUUAUUAUGGCUGUGUUGUUUUUAGGUCAUUUCAUGUACAUUGAAGUGUCCCCUAGCAACCUAAACAGAGGGGAUUUUGCACGUUUGCUCAGCCCAAGAUACCAAGCCACCCAAGGGUCUUGUCUUCAGUUCUGGUAUCACAUGUAUGGUCGCACAAUUGGAACACUGAAUGUCUACAUUAAGAAUUGGUCUUGGUCCAUGUCCAAAGUGUGGAGCAAAAGUGGUAACGAUAGCAACAUUUGGAAUGUAGCCCAAGUCAGCAUUAGUAGCCGCUACGCCUAUCAGGUAUGUAGUUUUCUGAACUUUAAAAUGCAAGGCUCUUAUCAAGUCUUGUUUUAGCUGUCCUUUGGCUCUCGGAGGUACGGGGUGGGGGAAGGAAGGGGACCCGCCGCCAGAGCGCCCCGGGUUCCGCCCCCAAGAAAGCACCCCGUGCACAACAAUCCCGCCAGCUACACAGGGUAAUGUCUGACCAACAUACCAGUUUAUGUGGACUAAACAGACACGUUGUUGAUGAAACGUUAUAUAGAUUUUUCAUCGCUUUAAGAACUAAUGCAAAUCACAGACUUAAAAGUGGCAAUCUUUUGUAUUUGAUUUGUUCUGUCUUCAUGACCAACUGCAGGCAAGGUUUCGUCGGACAUGGGCAAAAUUUGGUGAGAUAUUGCCCCAUAGGCGGCGUUAUAUCCCAGCCGCAGUGAAGCGGUUGAGUGAGUGAGCGAGUGAUUGCCCCUUGGCCCACUAUUAUUUAUAUUCCCAAAUACUUGCUCUCCAUUUCUAAGUGAAACAAGAGAAAUGUAAUGUGUUGGGUAUCUACG